GGUACCGCUACGAGGGCACUGUCGAGGGCGAGGGCAUCGGCCUCGAGAUGGAGAGGCUGGCGGGGCGAAUGGGCGGGACCACCAAGUGGCCCUACAACGACAGCCCCUGUCUGGACGCGGACUUCUUCAAGGUCGUGGCCGACAAGCUCAUCAUGCAGAGCGGCAUACGCCCGCUCCUCCACACCGUUGCGGUCGAGGCGAUCGUGGAGGGCGGUGUCAUCCGCGGGGUCAUCACCGAGAGCAAGUCGGGACGCCAGGCGAUACUAGCGAAGUGCGUGGUGGACUGCACGGGAGAUGCCGACAUCGCCCACCUGGCGGGGGCCCAGUACACCGUCUGCCCCAAGGAAGACUCCCUUGGCGUCACCGCUGUCUUCAACGCUUCAGGCGUGGACAAGCAGCGCUUCCUGGAGUACACCGAGGCCAACCCCAGGACGUACAGGGACUGGAGCCGCACCUGGGCGCAGGAGGGCGACGGGUCGGGCAAGGAGGACAGCCUGCGGAGCCCGUACUUGGACACGGAGUUCGAGGAGGCCCGCAAGAGCGGGGCCAUCUGGGGUUCACGCAGAACUUUGGCGGCUCCUGGAGCGCGCUGAGCGAGGCCGGCGAGGCCACAAACCUGAACCUGGUCCACCUCAAGGGCGUCGACCCGACGGACGCCGAGGACUUGACCCGCGCCGAGAUGGAGGGGCGCCAGCAGACCCUGUACGCCCUCCAGGCCCUGAAGACAUGCGUGCCUGGCUUCGAGCAGGCCAAGCUGCGCAACUUCGGCAUGACGCUCGGCACGAGGGACUCUAGGAAGAUCGUCGGCCGCUGCAACCUGACCGCAGACGACGUCAGGGGCCAGGGUCGCUUCAAGGACUCCAUCUGGAAAGUUCGUGGACGGCUACAACGUGCUCAUCCUACCCACGACGGGGCGCUACUUCCAGGUGCCCUACGGCUGCAUGGUGCCCGUCGGCGUGGACAACCUGCUGGUGGCGGGGCGCUGCGUGGCUGGCGACAAGGUCUCCCACGCGGCGACCCGCAACAUGAUGUGCUGCACCGUCACUGGCCAGGGAGCCGGCGUGGCCGCUGCCAUGGCCGCCCGCGACGGGACGACCACGGCCCAGGUGGACAUCGCGAGGGUGCAGGAGGAGCUCCAGAGGCAAGGCGUGCGCCUCCAGUGACGAGGGGCCUCUGGCGUCCUUCGGUGGCUACCCGAACGCGCCUCUUGCGCGGCGCCUCGGCCCGGUUGGCCGCAAUGCGCCCCAGGACGGCGGUGAGGAGGGGCGGGGAAGAGCGAGGAGGAGCGAGGACGAGUCAGCUGGCGUCUUGGGCGACCGAGUUGAUAUUCUCCCACCCGCGGCGGCCAUUUGAAGGGGUGGUCGAAGGCAAACUAAAAACCCUGACUGAUCGUCCUGUGAUGCUGCUCAGCUUUGCGUGCACCCUCCCGCCCAAGUCGGCGAGGUCGAACGACCGCUGUGGAGGGAGUCCCCAUUCUAUCACUUAUGAAGCCAUGGAGCCUUCUCCCUUGCGGCGGCGGCCGUGGUUCCGCUGCGCAACCCGCUGGGAGAGGCGCCUCCUCUCGAAGAAGAGUAGACUUACAGACACAUGGCUAUCGAGUGCCCUCCUCCUCCUCCUCCUCCUCUUCCUGUGCCCUCCUCCUCCUCCUCCUCCUCCCUCUCUUCCUUCUCCCUCUUUCCUCCUCGCUCCGCCUGAGGGCCAUUCCACGGCGUGGGGGUCAGGGCCCGAGGGGGCGGCCCGCACGUCCCUGAGGUCCCACAGGCCACACAGGUCUAACACGCACCACAGGUCGCGCAGCUCCCACGGG